GCCGUCGUUUAGCUAGGGAAUCACGUGGAGAGAGAGGAGAGCCCGGUUUAAAGAGCUCACGGUUUGCAUCCCCCCGCAGCCUCUCAAAGGGGCAGUCUUAAAGUUUCAACGCACCGGACAGUUACUGCUCAGAGGAGGUCCUACAGCAGCACUUCGGCUCCGUGUCAUUCGCUAUGGGGCUUUACCUUCUGACAGUCAACUGAUGAGAAAGGCAAUGCAGUCCAUGUCCCCAAGAAAGAAUCCAACACCGACUGGAGUUUGAUCAGCUCCACCGACUCCACUCUGGGUUUUACACUGGCGUGGCAGGUUGGGUUUAGGCUGCCGAAAGGAUGAACGCGCAAGUCCACUCGGACCACAAGCUGUCGACCGUGGUCCCCCUCACACAGUACACUACCGUGGAAAAGAAGGACGUGGAGCUGAUUCUGGUGAAGGAAAUAAAUGGGGUUCAGUACACCAACACAGCCAUCAUCGCUGUCCCGGAGACGCGCGUCCAGGUCAGCUCCUCCGAGGACGAGGAGAGGGAGACGUGGGGCAAGAAAAUCGAUUUUCUCCUGUCUGUCAUCGGUUUCGCGGUGGACCUGGCUAAUAUCUGCAGAUUCCCUUAUCUGUGUUACAAAAACGGCGGAGGUGCCUUUCUGAUACCCUACACCCUUUUCCUGGUCAUUGCUGGCAUGCCUCUCUUUUACAUGGAGCUGGCAUUGGGGCAAUAUAAUCGGGAAGGAGCUGCCACUGUCUGGAAAAUCUGCCCUGUUUUUAAAGGUGUGGGCUACACUGUGAUCAUUAUAGCCUUGUAUGUGGGCUUCUACUACAAUGUAAUCAUAGCCUGGUCUCUGUACUACCUGUUCGCCUCGUUCACCUCCGAGGUGCCCUGGCUGCGCUGUGGAAACCCUUGGAACAGCCCUGACUGCAUCGACCCCAAGCUGCUGAACGGCUGCGUGCUGCUGGGCAACGAGACCAAGUACUCCAAGUAUAAAAUCACUCCCGCUGCAGAGUAUUACGAACGAGGAGUGUUGCACCUCCAUGAAAGUGAAGGGAUCCAUGACCUGGGCCCUCCGCGAUGGCAGCUGGUGCUGUGUCUCCUGGUAGUGGUCUUCAUCCUUUACUUCACCCUCUGCAAAGGAGUGAAAACCUCUGGCAAGGUGGUGUACAUCACAGCCACUAUGCCGUACGUGGUGCUGUUCGUGUUGGUGAUCCGUGGUAUUACCCUGCCGGGGGCUAUGGAUGGGAUAAGAGCCUACCUGCACGUAGACUUAAAACGCCUGAACAACGCCACGGUCUGGAUUGAUGCAGCCACCCAGAUAUUCUAUUCCCUAGGAGCAGGAUUUGGAGUUUUAAUCGCAUUUGCCAGCUAUAACAAGUUUGACAAUAACUGCUACAGGGAUGCUAUUCUCACAAGCACUAUAAACUGCGUGACGAGCUUCUUCUCAGGAUUUGCUAUCUUCUCAGUCCUCGGCUACAUGGCCUAUAUGCAUGGGGUUAAUAUAGAGGAUGUAGCAACUGAAGGGCCAGGAUUGGUGUUCAUCAUCUAUCCAGAAGCCAUUUCAACCCUACCAGGUUCAACAUUCUGGUCAAUAGUUUUCUUCCUCAUGCUUUUAACGCUGGGCAUCGACAGUUCCAUGGGAGGCAUGGAAGCAAUCAUCACGGGUCUGGCGGAUGAUUUCAAGAUCCUGAAGAGAAACAGGAAGCUUUUCACCUUUGUGACGGCAUUCGGCACCUUCCUAGUAGCUUUGUCUUGUGUUACAAAUGGUGGAAUUUACGUCCUGACUCUGCUGGACUCGUUUUCAGCAGGAACAUCCAUUCUGUUUGGAGUAUUGAUAGAGGCCAUCGGAGUAUCCUGGUUUUAUGGCGUGGACCGAUUCAGUGAAGACAUCGAGCGCAUGAUGGGCUUCAAGCCAGGUCUUUACUGGAGGCUCUGCUGGAAGUUCGUUAGCCCUGCCUUUCUGCUGUUUGUGGUGAUCGCCAGCAUCGUAAAGAUGGAAACACUGACCUACGAUGACUAUACCUUCCCCCCCUGGGCUAGCCUGAUCGGCUGGGGAAUAACAAUGUCAUCAGUGCUCUUUGUACCUGCUUAUGCCAUCUACAAAUUCCUGACGGUGCGAGGCACAUUUAAAGAGAGGUUGGCUUACUGCAUCACCCCUGAGAAUGAGCAUCAUCUUGUAGCUGAGGGGAAUGUCCGGCAAUUUAAGCUGAAGCACUGGCUGGCUAUAUGAAAGGAAUGCUUUGCUGCAUCCGUCUGGAAUCAGCGGUGCCCCUGAAGUUCUGUGCUCUCUUGGCCAAUGAAAAAAAUGUCCUGUGUUGGAGCACCUCAGAUCUUUGGGAUGAAGCAGGAUUCUUCUUUACAUGUUCAGCACAGAUAUGGUGGCUUGACAAGUUUGUUUUUUGCCUAACUGACUUUUGAGUUUUUGUAACAUUUUUUUUACACAACUUGACAGCUUUUUAAUGUGCAUCCUGUUUCGCUGACAGAUGGUAAGCUCUCUGUAUGCUGGAUUCCACCUGUUGUUCUUACUACUGUCAACUGUUCAGAUGAACACCAAAUCUACGUGAUGUUUGUUUGUAGGAGACCGAGUGAGGAUAAACAGGCCGUCCGGUUAGGAAGUCAGGUUUUCACUUGUGUUCCAGAGGAGUAGAGAAAAUAUUAAAUUAUAUACUGCCACUGGCAGCUUCUUCUUCUUCUUCUUCUUCUUCUUCUUCUUCUUCUU